AGAUCUGUGCUUUGCAAUAGGAAAUGCUUUAUUAGCUGGGAGUGGUGGAGAGAAGCCAAGCAGGAAGAGGCAGUAAUAAGAAACAUUUUUAACUUCUCCCACCUCCAGAGCUUGCCAAACCACUGCUUUCAGAGCGAGAGGGAAAGUGCAGAGGGGACUGUAGAGAAGAAUCCUGGCUCCUGCUCUCCAUUUAAUCAACCCUGCUUUCGAUACGCCGGCCUCCCUGGGAUACGCUUUGCCAGGAAGGAGCUUCAGACUGAAUCAGGGGACGCUGCGCCUUUAAAGUUGGAAAAUUCAGGAAGGUUCGCACGGUCAUCGGAAAGGAGACCCAUGAUUCUGUAUCAGGCCAGGCAUCCCAGAAUGGUGAGGAGCUGCCCAGGGUGAUCUAAAUACAUGCAUCUGCUGGUGUUUUAAAAAACCAACAACACUUCAGACUUUGGUACCGAAGAAAACUUUUAGCCGAGGCCCGUUGAAAGCAGGAAGGCAGCAGGAUACAGGACGUGCCUAAGCUUCACUCUCUUCCACCUACAUAGACUUCUGGAGACAAUGCGGCAAAGAGCUAUCGCUGGCCUUUUCGUGGCCAUCAUGAGCCUGCCAAGAAACAUCGAGGCAGCUGGAGGAAAAGAUCUGGUGAACUGUGUGUGUGAACAUCCAAACUGUCUCAAUAGCACUUGUACAGGGAAGCUGUGCUUUGUGAGCAAGCAUCUGACCGAGGGGGUAAUGAUCCACAAGAAAGGAUGCCUUCAAUCCAUGUCUGAGUUCUGCAGAGGCUCCCACACGACAAAUACUGCCAUAAUAUGUUGCUCAACCGACAUGUGUAAUUUGAAUCGCACCAUCCAGUUACCAGGUGAAGAAAAUCAGCCUGAAGAAGAGAGUCCUUCUCUUAAGAACCUUCUUCUGAUGACCCUGGUCCCCCUCUUCGCUUUUCUGGUUCUCGCUGCGUUGGUGGGGCUGUCUGUAUGGAAGGUGUUCCAGAGCCGGCAGAGACGGAUACGGCUGAGGUCUGACGAUCUGGAGGACAUGGAUUUCAUACUGAAGGCAUCCACGCUUGGUGACAGUACCUUAAAAAACCUGCUGAACGAUGACUGCACCACCGGGAGCGGCUCUGGGCUCCCCUUCCUCGUCCAAAGAACCGUCGCUCGGCAGAUCAGCCUGGUCGAAUGCGUUGGCAAAGGACGAUAUGGGGAGGUGUGGCGUGCUACAUGGCAUGGGGAAAAUGUGGCGGUCAAGAUCUUCUCGUCCCGGGAUGAGCAGUCGUGGUUCCGUGAGACAGAGAUCUACAACACUGUGCUGCUGAGGCAUGACAACAUCUUAGGAUUCAUUGCCUCCGACAUGACCUCCAGGAACUCCAGCACCCAGCUGUGGCUGAUCACCCACUACCAUGAGCACGGCUCCCUCUACGACUACCUUCAGCACACAGCGCUGGAUGUGGAGAGCUGCCUGCUCUUUGCCAACUCCAUCAUCUGCGGCCUCCUCCAUCUCCACGUGGAGAUCUUUGGUACCCAGGGCAAGCCAGCCAUUGCUCACCGGGACCUAAAGAGUAGGAACAUCUUAGUCAAGAACAACAAGCAGUGCUGCAUUGCUGAUCUGGGUCUGGCAGUCAUGCAUUCCCAGAGCAGCGACUACUUGGACAUUGGCAACAACCCAAGGGUGGGCACAAAACGCUACAUGGCGCCUGAAGUUUUAGAUGAACAGAUUCAAAUGGACCGCUUUGAAUCCUUCAAGAGGACCGACAUUUGGGCAUAUGGCCUCGUCCUCUGGGAGAUAGCCCGGAGAACUGUCGUUAACGGGAUUGUCGAAGAUUACAAGCCUCCUUUCUUUGACAUGGUGCCAAUUGACCCCAGCUUUGACGAUAUGAAGAAAGUGGUUUGCAUCGACCAGCAGACGCCCACCAUUCCAAAUCGGUUGUACUCAGAUGUGACUUUGUCCGCCCUGGCCAAGAUCAUGAAAGAAUGCUGGUUUCAGAGCCCCCCAGCCCGACUCACAGCUUUGAGGAUUAAAAAGACACUGAAAAAACUCAGCGACUCCUUCGACAAACCCAAACAACACUCGUAACUGCAGGGACCAGCUCUGGGACCAGGGAUCAAAUUUCUGACUGUUUGGCUCGGCAAGAAAGUUCAAGGUCACUUCUUCCACUUCCAGUGUGCUAGUCCUGGCCUCUGUCUGUGGCUGCAGCAAACUUUGUUUGAAACCCGGCCAAGAGGAUUUGGUCUAGAGCCCCUCUGGCUGGGAUCGAUCCUUUGCAGGAGAAUUUCAUGGAACAGAUGACUUGCUUCGGGUGUCUUUAAUUUGGUUUCUCUAGCAACGAAAAGCGGGGUGAGCGGGGGGGGGGGUGAGAAGAAACACCCAGUUCUCCGAGAACAUGCAUUAAUAUAAAUACCCCUUGGAUGUGUAACCUGACGCCAGCCCGUCUCGCCACCAACGCCUGAAAAAUGGGGAGGGAUCCUGCUUGGAAAGAGCACAGCUGUUCUGCCGAAGGGCCUGCUACCUUGGAAACACCAGUUUAAGGACCAUUCAUAAGCCGGUAUUUAGACUGGGCCUAUAGGAUGUGUGUGUGUGUGUGUGUGUGUGUGUUCUGUCUGCAUCACACAAAUGUGCCUACAAAAGGAAAGAGAGAGCAGAAAAGGCACAGACUUGCAAGAACAGGAGUACAGUGGUACCUCGGGUUAAGUACUUAAUUUGUCCCGGAGGUGCGUUCUUAACCUGAAACUGUUCUUAA